GUAAGUCGUUAGCGCCAUCGCGUCAUUCCCGCCGCCGCCGCCGCCGCCAUGCCGCCGCUCGCCCGCUCGCUGCUCGCGCUCGCCGCGCUGCUCGCCGCCGCCGACGCUAGGGCGAACCCUUUCUGUGACUUUGCUAUGAUAGGUGAUGUGACUGACCGUCCUAUUACAUUUCACCUGACUGUGGCUGGCGGUGUAACCACUACGAUUCCUGAUAAAUGCGCCAUGCCAGGAAGUGAGUUAGCGGGCGAGUCCAUCAACGUAUGCAACACGCCCUCGUCUAAACCCCGAAUUCAACUUGCAUUGGGCAGCGAUUUAAAUUUUUCUCCCAUUUACAUUGACUGCCCAGGCAACAUUCCGGGAUGUUCGAGCCUCGAUGUGCGGGUGACGCAGUUCUGCAAGCCAGCCGGCCUGCCACCGGUCGGAUUAUAUUAGUAUCUUUUGUCACCAAUAUUAAAUAAAGAUAUUGGGUUACUAAAA